AAACGGUUCGAUUCGGUUCGGUUCGGCAAGUUGAGGCUUGCCAUAGUUUUGAUUUGUGUGCGGCAUCUGGCAUCUGUUGAGAACUGGCCAUGUGAGGGCGAAGCAUCUUACGAUACGCAACUUGUCUCCAUGCCUGACCCGUGCAAUAUAUAAGCAUGCAAUUGUGACUCAUUGGCAAAAAUACAAAAAAUAAGAAGAAAAGAAAAACAACAACAAUUAUAAAUUUCGCGAAUUUUAAAAAUAAUACACACAGCCAAAAUGGGCUUCUCAUCGGCCCUGCAGGGCCGCGCCGCGCACGAGGCGCUGAUCGUGCGCCAGGAUGCGGAACUGCGUCUCAUGGACACCAUGAAGCGCUCCAUCCAGAUGAAGGCCAAAUGCGACAAGGAGUACGCAAUCGCAAUGGCAGCCGUCGCUCAACAGGGACUGAAAAUCGAUCGGGCUGAUGAAAUGCAAGGCAGUCUUAUCACUAAAUCCUGGCGAUCAUAUAUGGACGAGUUGGAUCAACAGGCCAAACAGUUCAAGUUUAAUGCCGAGCAGCUCGAGGUUAUCUGCGACAAGCUGGCCCAUCUCUCACAGGACAAACGGAAGGCACGCAAGGCCUACCAGGAGGAGCAUGCCAAAAUUGCAGCACGCCUCAAUCAUUUGACAGACGAAGUUGUGCGUAAGAAGGGCGAAUACCAAAAACAUUUGGAGGGCUACAAGGCGUUGCGCACGCGCUUCGAAGAGCACUACAUAAAAGCACCCAGCCGAAGUGGUCGCAAACUGGACGAUGUUCGAGAUAAAUACCAGAAGGCCUGUCGUAAAUUGCAUCUCACACACAACGAGUACGUGCUGUCUAUCACGGAGGCCAUUGAGGUGGAGAAAGAUUUCCGCACUGUGCUGCUGCCGGGUUUGCUUGAGCAUCAGCAGUCGGUGCAGGAGAGCUUCAUACUCUUGUGGCGCAACAUACUCUUGGAGGCGGCACAACAUGGCGAUCUGACUGCCGACAAAUUCAAAGAGAUACAGAAACGCAUCGAUACUGUGAUAGGCGGCAUUAACCCAGCUGAGGAAUAUGGCGAGUUUACAGAGAAACACAAAACUUCACCCGCAACGCCGCUACUCUUCCAAUUCGAUGAGACACUCAUUGAGGAUAUACCCGGCAAGCUGACCGCCAGCACCUUGACCGUGGACAAUCUGACAGUGGACUGGCUGCGCACACGUCUGCUGGAGCUGGAGUCCGCCGUGAAGGAGUGCCAGGAGCGACAGCUGAAGAUGAUCGAGCAUGUGAACGGUGGAUCACCUGUUGCGAAUGGAAGCAUCAUAUCCAAUGGCAGUGGGACAUCCAAUGGCAUACAGUCCAACAAAGAUAGUCAGAAUCGGCAAUCGAAGGACCUCAAUGCGAUGCGGUGUCAGGAGAAACAGAAACAGAAACUUGUCGAUAUGAUCAAGUGUGCACUGAACGAGGUCGGCUGUGAGGAGCUGCCCUCGGGCUGCGAUGAUCAUCUGUCGCUGGAGCAGAACUUCAUUGAGCAUGGCUUCAACAAUGACCAGCAGCGCUCCAACUCCACUAGCUCACCAGGCCUGGGCAUUAUGACUGAGCUGAUGCGACGUGGUGGCGUUUUAACGCUCCUGCGUGGACGUGGUCGUCACUUCAAGCGCAAGUCAACGCCACAGCCAGCGACGCCGAUGACCAGGACACGUCUGGGUCGACACUCGAAGAUGCAGCCACGCUCACAGAGCCUGGGAUCGCUGUCGGUAAUUACGGAUGCGCGUAGUCCUGCACGUUAUGAGUCCAUUACUGCUACUAACCCACUGCGUCUGGCGGCCAGCGUGCACUAUCUCGGCGAGGAGAUAGUGUUCAGCUCGUCGCCGCCGGCGCUGCCUCGUUUGCGACGCACCCAAUGUUCCAUGUUGUGUUUGGGCGAGGACGAGGAACCGCUCGAGCCGUUGUUGUUGUUGCCAGUGUCCUCGCCCGCCCCCCACAGCCAGCUAACAAACGCUGCCAUUACUACUAACACCAAUAACAAUCACAUCUAUGCGGACUUGGAGUUAACCAGCAAGCAAUCAGAUCCAAAUGUGGACGUGGACAGCAUUGUCAGCGAAGAUGAUGGUGUGAUGAAGCGUCAACAAAUUGAGAUUGAGAUCAAUUGCGUGGAAUCGAAAGAGUUGCAAACAGUGCCUCAAACAUCGAUCGAUGCGCACCUGGACAGAAUUGAUGAGCUGAAUCGCGCACUGGACAAUCGCCUCAAACGCAGCCUGCAUCCGACAUCGACUCCGACCAGCCCCAUCGAUGUGAAUGCCAUUGAAAAUGCCGAUGAGAAUGUAAAUGUCCGGCAAAUGGAUCCCAUUGAUGUCGACGUGCAGGCGAAGCGUAACUCUAGCUCCAGCUCUGAAUGCCGCUCCUCGCAGCUAAGCGGCAAAGAGGGAGGACAUUCCAAGAAGCGUUCACUGUCCUUUACGCAAAAGUCAAUCAGUAACAUCAUUAGCAACAUCAGGGAAUUCUCCAAGAGUCCUCUUGCACGCAUCGCCAAAAAUGCAACUCUCAACGAGGAACCAGAUGCAACAAAGCUGCCCAGCGAGACAAGCAGCGAAUCUCAUACUCAGCAUAGUAACACAAAUAGUAGUCAAAGUAGUAAUAACAACAACAACAGUAACAAUAACAACAAUCACAAUCCGAAUCCGAAUUCGAAUCCUAGCCAAUCGACAAUCAUAAGGAGCACGAUUUCGACAACAAUAACAACAACAUCCACAUCCACAACGUCAACGACGCCGUCCAAGGAAACCUCAAGACUGAAAUUUAAAGUGCCAAAGAUACAAAAGAAAUCGAAAGCCAUACGUAACACAUUCCGUUCCAAGCUGCUCAGCUUUCAGCUGAGACGCUCUAAACCAUGCAAGCAGUGCACGAAGCGACGUCGCAUCCAUCCCAGCAAAAGUGUCUUUGACUUUGCCAAGGAAUUCGAAACGGAGCCGGGACAGACCGAGGAGCAGGAACAGUUCUGCAACUGUCCCGUGCCCCUGCCAAAAGUCAAGCCAAUGCGAAUGCGCGGCCCAAAGGAUCGCUCAUUUGAGAUGCACAGCUCCGAGGAGCUGGACGAUGAUGAGGAUAACGAGGAGGAGGACAACGACAAUGGGGACAGCAGCAGCGACGAUGUGCUCAGCAUGAAGGAGCACUGCUAUUGUGUGCCCAGCUUGGCGGCGAGUCUCUCGCUAUCAACAAAUCGGCCGCUUUAUGAGGAGGAGUGGUUCCAUGGUGUCCUUCCCCGCGAGGAAGUCGUCCGUCUGCUGAACAUCGAUGGUGAUUUCCUUGUCCGCGAAACCAUCCGCAACGAGGAGAGCCAAAUUGUGCUGAGUGUCUGCUGGAAUGGUCACAAGCAUUUCAUUGUGCAGACCACGGGAGAUGGACACUUUCGGUUCGAGGGUCCUCCCUUUCCCAGCAUACAGGAGCUUAUCAUGCAUCAGUAUCACUCCGAGUUGCCCGUAACUGUCAAAUCCGGCGCAAUUCUACGCCGACCCGUCUGCCGUGAACGCUGGGAGCUAAGCAACGAUGAUGUCGUGCUGCUGGAGAAGAUUGGCAGGGGUAAUUUCGGCGAUGUCUAUAAGGCCAAGUUGAAGUCCACUAAACAAGAUGUGGCUGUCAAAACCUGCCGCAUGACCCUACCCGAUGAACAGAAGCGUAAAUUCCUGCAAGAGGGACGCAUCCUAAAACAGUAUGACCAUCCAAAUAUCGUCAAACUCAUUGGCAUUUGUGUGCAAAAGCAGCCCAUUAUGAUUGUCAUGGAAUUGGUGCCGGGUGGGUCGUUGUUAAACUUUCUGCGCAAAAACUCCAAUGGACUCCAAACGCGCCAGCAGAUGGGCAUGUGUCGGGAUGCGGCGGCUGGCAUGCGUUAUCUGGAGUCAAAGAACUGCAUACAUCGCGAUCUGGCUGCACGUAAUUGCCUUGUGGACUUUGAGCAUAGCGUUAAGAUCUCUGACUUUGGCAUGUCACGCGAAGAAGAGGAAUACAUAGUUUCCGAUGGCAUGAAGCAAAUACCAGUCAAAUGGACUGCACCCGAGGCACUUAACUUUGGCAAAUACACAACGCUCUGCGAUGUUUGGUCCUAUGGCAUUCUAAUGUGGGAGAUAUUCUCCAAGGGCGAUACACCAUAUUCGGGAAUGAGUAACUCACGUGCCAGAGAACGCAUCGAUACAGGAUAUCGGAUGCCAACACCCGAUCACACACCGCCGGAAAUGUACCGUCUGAUGCUAAAGUGCUGGGCAGCCGAUGUGGAGUCUCGUCCGCAUUUUGAUGAGAUCUACAAUGUGGUGGAUGCGCUGAUCCUUCGCCUGGAUAACAGUCAGUAAGCGUCGCAAUGAAUGCAGUAUGUUUUGUGAAAGUGUAAUUAUUUCUAAAUAAGUACUCAAUAUAGUUUUUAGUAAGCGCUUUUAAAGUAUGUCUCUUCUUAGAACUAAACAACGAAAUGCCUGUAUUUAUAAAAUACUAUAUACAUACAAUAUUCGAUAAUUACAUAUACUAUACAUAGAUUUUAGCAUAUGAAUGAUAUUUAUAUAAAUAUGCAUAUAUACAUAUAAAUAUAAAUAUAUAUAUAUAUAUAUAAUAUAGUCGUGUAACUGUAUAUUUUUACAUAUGUGUGUUAUAUGCUGUGUGCCUGCUUAUGUGUGUGCUUGUGUGUAUA